CUGAAAAAAAAUAACCGUAGACAAAUGCGUACUACUCUUUCAUGAAUACAACGUACUCGUUUCAAUUGUGCAAUAGCCGUAAACGGCGCAGGCGCAGUCUGAGAGGUUCUGCUGCACUACUGGGCUGGCACAUCGGACUAGCUAGCUGAUUACUUGAGAUGGAUGUGUUCUUAAUGAUCCGGCGUCACAAGACCACAAUCUUCACAGAUGCCAAGGAGUCCACCACAGUCUAUGAACUAAAGCGUAUUGUUGAGGGAAUUCUUAAGAGACCGCCCGAGGACCAACGGCUCUACAAAGAUGACCAGAUGCUAGAGGACAGCAAAACUCUGGGUGACAGUGGAUUUACCAACCAGACCGCCAGGCCGCAGGCCCCAGCUACGGUUGGUCUGGCUUUCCGAAUCAACGAUGAGAUGUUUGAGCAGCUGCACAUCGAGGCCUUCUCCAGCCCCCCAGAACUCCCCGAUGUGAUGAAGCCUCAGGACUCUGGUAGCACUGCCAAUGAACAGGCUGUGCAGUGAUUUCCCAGAGUCACGGAAGUGUGUGUGUGCAGAUUACCUGCAGUGAAGAAGUAGUGGGGUGGAGGAUCUGUAGUCUCGUUUCACUUGAUGGAUGGGGACAUUAUGGGUAACCACGCCUGUCCAUGUUACCUUUAUGCUAUCACCGCAGCAGCCCCUCCAUAUUUACUUCACAUGUCAGGGUUGGUUUGUUUUUUUUAAAGUAAAAUUCCACUUGGGUUCUCCUCCUUCUUUCUCCUCCACUUUGGCUCCAAUCUCUUGAGUGGUUUUGAAAGUGUGAAUGCAAUUGUGUGUAUGACUUAUAAUUAUUUUCAUUAACAUUUUGGGAAAAGUGAAGGUGUAGUAGCGUAGAACUAAAAUGCAUGUGUAAGGAGUGUGAUGUGUAAAUGAGAGAAAAACUGCAUGACCGAGAGGGCUUUAUCUUCAUCACCUGUCAUAGUUUCCUUACACGUCAUGUUGUACACAUCUAAAAAAAAGAAAAAAGUAUUUUUGUUGAAGUUAUUGUCUUUUUGUGUCAUCACUGAGUUAGUUCAUUGUUUCAUUUCCCCACCUGAGACCAAAGCCAGGUACACCUCAGACACCGAAGAAAGUCUUUCCGUCACAAGUCAUCUUUUUUGGCAACAUCCUAAUCCCCUGAAUUCCACAAAAUACCCUGUAACUGUGAGCUUGCUUAAUUAAAGGUUUUCCUUUUGGUUUUUUUA